AUGGAUUCGCCAAUCAGUUCCCUUCAUGACGAAAAGCUCGGCUUCAUGGCUGUGCCCUUAAUUCAAAGGCCUGCCACUGGCUGGAUGCUCAAAAACGACUUGCUUGCGUACGGGGGUGUUUUGGCUAUUGUUUGCCCGCUUUUGCUAGCUCUCUACAACUAUUACUUCCAUCCCAUAGCACAUGUCAGAGGCCCUUUCAUUGCAUCCAUAUCUCCAGGUGGCAUCAUUCCUCGUGCUCAACAAAAAGUAUAG